GAAAGAAAGACAUAACUCUAAUGACUCUCAAUCGUUUGAUAAUAAAGAACAGAUAGCCAAAUCUUUGUUUUAUAUAAGAGGAAGGUAGAUCUAUAGCCGAAGUUUCACCGCUACAGACACCGUAUCAGCUGUCGUAUAGGCACCGCAUAUUCAAUUGAUUAACGCAAGUAAGACCAAAGCGAGCUGGCAAAACUUGCUCAGUCACUGGCGGCGUUUAACAACAACAAAUAUUGUCUUCCUGAAAAACAGUACAGUUGCACUUGCUGUUUCAGGCUAGUGGAAGCUCUACAUUUGGACUCGCAAACCUGGUAAACUUUCCAGAUGAGCUCAAACAACUCAACCCUCGUCAGUCAGAAUAGCAGUGCUCUCAAUACCGCGGAAGAUGUUAUUUAUCCCGAUGAUGCAACAUGGAUCCUAACCAGUGCCUUCAUUAUAUUCACCAUGCAGUCUGGAUUUGGAUUGCUAGAGGCCGGGAUGGUGUCAAAGAAGAACGAGUCGAAUAUAAUGGUAAAAAACGCCGUAGAUGUGAUCUAUGGAGGCUUGUCUUACUGGAUGUUCGGGUUUGCGUUUAGCUUUGGGAUCGAUGAAGGCAGCAAUCCUUUUUGUGGGAUUGGGUACUUCUUGACCGAUGCAGAUGAAAGUCAAAUGGGAGAAGUUUUUGCUAGAUAUUUUUUUCAACUUUCCUUUGCUACCACGUCCACGACCAUUGUUUCCGGAGCAAUGGCUGAAAGAGUCAAUUUGAAGGCUUAUACGAUUUUCUCCUUCGUGAACACCCUAACUUACUGUUUCCCUGCACACUGGUUCUGGAGCAAUAAUGGUUGGCUAAAACAAAUGGGUGUGGUCGAUGUAGCGGGGUGUGGUCCGGUUCAUUUGGUUGGUGGGGUGAGUGGGCUAGUGGCAACAAUAUUGCUGAAGCCAAGAACAGGACGGUUUGAUGAAAAAGGAAAUCCAAAUAAACUAGAGAUGGCUUCGCCGACUAAUGUUUUACUCGGUACUUUCAUGCUCUGGUGGGGAUGGCUUGGGUUCAACUGUGGAAGCACUUUUGGAAUUACAGGAGCAAAGUGGAAACUUGCUUCAAGAUCUGCUGUAGUUACUCUUAAUGGUUCAAUCGGAGGUGGGAUAUUCGGCAUGAUGUACAGUAUGUUCAUGUUUAAAGGAAAGAUUAUGAUUGACAUGUUUGCAAACGGAAUUCUAGGAGGACUUGUUGGUAUUACAGCAAUCUGUGCAGUAGCUCGUCCUUGGGAAAGUCUCAUCAUCGGUUUCAUAGGAGGUUUAAUUUCAUGUACAGGCAGUACACUAUUGCUGAAGCUUCGCAUCGAUGACCCUGUCGGCUGCGUCCCUACGCACCUCUUUGCGUCCGUGUGGGGCAUGGUUGCUGUUGGUCUAUUUGUGGAGAAAGACAGCCUUGAGAACCUAUCCGAGAAUUAUGGCGUAUUUAAAGGAGGAAGCUGGAAGAUGGUAGGAGUUCAAGUUCUGGGUGUAGUUGCUGUCAGCUUGUGGGCUGCUACCAUCACUAUUAUCCUACUCUUACUUGUCAAUCAGAUCAUCCCAUUAAGGAUGCCGCUGGAAAUGGAGCUCGAAGGCGCAGACAAAUGGGAACAUGGAAUUGGCGAAGAAGAAGACCUUUCCAUGCCAGAGGUACAAGAUACUCAUGGUAUAGAGAAUCCAGCUUUGGUCGAAGUUAGUAAUGGAGAGGUCAUUAGCUUAGAAGAUAAAGAAGACAUCAGCAAAAAACAUCUAUUUACUGAAAACACUAUAAAUCAACUUCCAUCUAAUGAAACGUUGGAGAAAUCUAAGAGAAGCUCACAGAAAUACAGCUCAUGGAAAAGACGAAUAAAGUUUCGUUCUCAUUCAGUCGAUGUUGAAUUGAAGGGACGCAACGGCGAAGAACCACCUGAUGAAAACCGUCCUCGUGUACUGUCGUUUUGUGAAUAGGUACAUUAAUCGACAACGAGGACUGUGGUUGUUAUUGUACUCGUAAAAAGCCAACUAUGAUCUUUUUAGGAUUACCAUAUCGGCUAUUUAAUGGUAUCGAUAAAGCAUGCAUCAGUCCACGCGCAUCAUGAAUUCCUGCACAGCUACACCUAUUUCAAAAAGAGUUAAAUAUUUCAUUGUAUAAAAUAGUUCAACAGUGCAUGUACAGUUAAAAAGGCUAGAAAAUUUAUCUAAAAUACAAUGACUGACGAUUAAUACCAUGAAGUAUAUAAUACUAUCUUGAAAACAUUAACAAAAGCAUGGGCAUGCUUAUACAGGGCCUCGGUCAUCCGGCAUUCAAUGCGGGAAUGCCUUGGACUAUUUCACAUAGUCGGUCAAAAUUAGCUAGUUGAUUUCAAAUAUCCAUUCGCGAUCUGUUUUCAUUCGUCGUGUCUUACAACAUCUACAUCCAUGAGGCAGAGGGAGAUAAAGAUUUUAAUCUUUAAAUGUUUUGCUUAUUUUACGAUAUAUUUCUAUUUAAACAAAUUAAACAAAAGCUCGCAAAGGAUUCUGGUUGAUCAUGGUCCUUUAGUCUUAUCUUCUACUACGGUAUCUAUAUGCUUUUCAACGCCACUGAAAGCAGUCUCUAUCCCUUAUGAUGUAUAACGUAUCAAUUUAUUAUUAUUAAUGAUUCAUUAGAGGACGCACCUACACACUUCACCAUAUUGGUCUUCUAUGACAGUCGUCUUCUAUACAAAAAUCAUUGAAAUUGAGAUAUCCCGURGUCAAAGUUUUGUUAUUUUAUAGCGUUGUUAUGGCGUGAUAAAGUUUAUAUUUUAGCAAUGCAUGAUGGCUAUAUACUCAUUUCUAAUUGGCUAAUAAAAUAAUUCUAAAUAAUAAUAAAUCUUGAUUAAUAGCGUCCAACGUUUUUAUGCUGUACUCUUAUAUCAGACAUCGUCGAUAUUGGCGACAUAUAAUGAUAGCAUCAUUCAGUCAUUUUAUCCAUAAAAAAAUCGUAAUGAAAAAAAGUAACUGCACAACGGUAUCGUGAGCGUUUUUGUAUACACAUGCAGUGACUUGGAAAAUUUCUGGGCGCUAACAUAUAUCAUUAUAGCCUGUACAUCAUGAGUCAUUUCAAAUGAUUUCCUCUCUUUUCCUGACUAAAUAAACCUGCAA